CUGGAUGAGGGCCUCAUCUUCACUUAAUCAUCUGCAAAGACCAUAUAUCUAAAUAAGGUCACAUUCACAAGUACUAGGGAUUAUGUGAAUUUUAGAGGGACACAGUUCAACCUGUAACAAUUGCUACCUCCUUUCUCCUUUUAACCUUGUCAAACACACUGCUGGCAAACAGCAUUUAUUUAUCACUUUUUUCUUCAAUAAACAUUUGAAUGCAUACUAUUAUUUAACACCUAUCACCUAUUUUAUGGUAGGCACUUUCAUUUAAUCUCCACAGUAGUGUGCAAAGUGAUGUUAUCAGUCAUGCCUGGAGAGGUGGGGAGGUUCUAAAUCUGCUCUAGAGGACAGGAAUAUUUUCACAAAUUAGAUAGCACUUCAUCUGAGUCAAAAGAGAUUUGUAGAAAUAUACUAGGCAGUUCAAAGGUGGGUGUAAUGAGCAGCAGAUUCUAAAAAGCAUUUUAUAGAAGAAAAAAUAUCGUGUGUAAAGGUUGAGACAGAUUGUAAACUCCAGCAGGGCUGAGACUUUGUCGAUUUCUUUCCUGUAUCUCCAGCGCUUUUGAACAGUGCCUGACUCAUUGAGAAAUUGUUUAACGAACGUAAGGGCAUCACACGUCUAAAGAGUGGCAGGGCUUGAAGUUCAGUCGCUAGAUCCUGAAGAGCCCUUGUAAACCACAGUAAGUGUAAGAAAUUAGGGCUGACAUGACGAUACAUAGCGUUAAAGAAUUUCCGGUAUACCUGGCACCCGCUUGCCAAUCGCCCCUCUUCCCCAGAGCGUGUCCGAGGGCGCUCGCUGCCGCGAAGGCCAAAACAUGAUAGCGGCGCUCCGGCCACAUACUCCAAAGGUUUCUCUGGCCCAAGCUGGAUUUAAGCACAUGCGGUGGUCUCGACGGCUAAUGGACCCUCCUACUCUCCUCCUCGUACCGGCUCCUACCCUCCCUCCCAACCAGGCUACCGCGCCCACUCUCGGAGGACGUCAGGCUGUGUCUAGGCCUCCCAGGAACCCCACGGAAAGACUCCCCGCGCGCGCCCCCGCAAACCGGCCCCGCCCUCCUUCCCUCCAGAACGCUGAGAGCGCACGCGCGCCUUCCCUAGCGGAGCGCGCGCCCGCGAGCUUCUCGCAGCCCCGUGCUCAUCCGGGUCUCGGCAGGCCUCAGCCAAUGGUGGACACUCACGGCCCCCAGGGGCGGAGCUGAGUCUUCCCUCACAUGGGGCCUGUGGUCACCGCUGGCCUUUCCAGACGAUCGCAGUCAGUCAUCCGGGGAAAAGAGUAGAGACAGGAAGCCCAGCGUCUGGGCGAGGAUCCACGGUUUUGAGAUCAGGCCGCUGUCGCCCCCUAGAAGCGACUGUAUCGCGAGGAGAUUCCCCAGUCAGAGCCGCUGUAGUAAACACACUUCAGAAACGUGAGGUGCCGGGGGUCACGUGGGGCGUGCAUCGUCCAAUGAGGAGCUGGGGGCGGGGCCGAAUCCGCUGACGCGGCGGUGGCAGCGGAGUCACCAGGGCAGCCUCGGGACCGGUCACCAGCCGGCAACGGUCCAGCGGCCUCGAACACCGCUUCAAGCUCCGGGCUCCGUCCUCCUUCCUCUUUCCCGGGCCGAGACGCAGCGUGGGCGACAGUGGCUGAAUCCUCUCGCAUCCCUCUCGGUGGUUCGCCUCGGGCAGGCAGUUUUCUCCUUCGGGGCCGCCUUGGUGGGGCUAGGUUUCCGUGACGAAUCUCCUGGGGCUGCCGGUACGGGUUCGGGCCUCGUGGCGACUCGGGAGCCUGGAACUUGCUCACCCUUCGGGCGCCCGAGGAUCUCGAAGUUACGCGCCUCGUCCCGGCGGUUGCGGCGGGCGCCGGCCCCUAAAGGGCGUCACAGCCGGACUCCGCCGAGUGGGCAACCUCCAUUCAUCUUCCAGCGCCCUCUCCUCCGGUUCUCUCCUAGGACUCAUUUUUCCUUUUCCCCCCUCCGCUGCCCUUUCCUCACUCCUUGGGUGUGGCGGUUCUCGUGGAAGCGGAGGUGUCGGUUAUGAGCCGAGCCUUCCUUCUUUGAGUUUCUCCGUGGAGGAACUGGGCGGUGACCGCCGCCCGCCUCGCCCCGGGAAUGGGGGUGAACGCCGUGCACUGGUUCCGAAAGGGGCUGCGGCUACACGACAACCCCGCCCUGAAGGAGUGCAUUCAGGGCGCCGACACCAUCCGCUGCGUCUACAUCCUCGACCCCUGGUUCGCCGGCUCCUCCAACGUGGGCAUCAACAGGUGGCGAUUUUUGCUUCAGUGUCUUGAAGAUCUUGAUGCUAAUCUGCGAAAAUUAAACUCUCGUCUGUUUGUGAUUCGUGGACAACCAGCAGAUGUGUUUCCCAGGCUUUUCAAGGAAUGGAAUAUUAGUAAACUUUCAAUUGAGUAUGAUUCUGAGCCCUUUGGAAAGGAGAGAGAUGCAGCUAUUAAGAAACUGGCUACUGAAGCUGGUGUAGAAGUAAUUGUACGAAUUUCACAUACAUUAUAUGACCUAGACAAGAUCAUAGAACUCAAUGGUGGACAACCACCUCUUACUUAUAAAAGAUUCCAGACUCUCAUCAGCAAAAUGGAACCACUGGAGAUACCAGUAGAGACAAUUACUUCAGAAGUGAUAGAAAAGUGCACAACUCCUCUCUCUGAUGACCAUGAUGAGAAAUAUGGAGUCCCUUCACUGGAAGAGCUAGGUUUUGAUACAGAUGGCUUACCCUCUGCAGUAUGGCCAGGCGGAGAAACUGAAGCACUUACACGUUUGGAAAGGCAUUUGGAAAGAAAAGCUUGGGUGGCAAACUUUGAAAGACCGCGAAUGAAUGCAAAUUCCCUGCUUGCUAGCCCUACUGGACUCAGUCCUUACCUCCGAUUUGGUUGCUUGUCAUGUCGACUAUUUUACUUUAAGUUAACAGAUCUCUACAAAAAGGUAAAGAAGAAUAGUUCCCCUCCCCUUUCCCUUUAUGGGCAACUAUUAUGGCGUGAAUUUUUCUAUACAGCAGCAACAAAUAACCCACGUUUUGACAAAAUGGAAGGAAACCCCAUCUGUGUUCAAAUUCCUUGGGAUAAGAAUCCUGAGGCUUUAGCAAAAUGGGCAGAAGGCCGGACAGGCUUUCCAUGGAUUGAUGCCAUCAUGACACAGCUUCGUCAGGAGGGUUGGAUUCACCAUUUAGCCAGACAUGCAGUUGCUUGCUUCCUGACACGAGGUGACCUGUGGAUUAGUUGGGAAGAAGGAAUGAAGGUAUUUGAAGAAUUAUUGCUUGAUGCAGAUUGGAGCAUAAAUGCUGGAAGUUGGAUGUGGCUGUCUUGUAGUUCCUUUUUCCAACAGUUUUUUCACUGCUAUUGUCCUGUUGGUUUUGGUAGAAGAACAGAUCCCAAUGGAGACUAUAUCAGGCGUUAUUUGCCUGUUCUAAGAGGCUUCCCUGCAAAAUAUAUCUAUGAUCCCUGGAAUGCACCAGAAGGCAUCCAGAAAGUAGCCAAAUGUUUGAUAGGAGUUAAUUAUCCUAAGCCAAUGGUGAACCAUGCUGAAGCAAGCCGUUUGAAUAUUGAAAGGAUGAAACAGAUUUAUCAGCAGCUUUCACGAUAUAGAGGACUAGGCCUUCUUGCAUCAGUGCCUUCUAAUCCUAAUGGGAAUGGAGGCCUCAUGGGGUAUUCUCCCGGAGAAAAUAUCCCAGGUUGUAGCAGCAGUGGAAGUUGCUCUCAAGGGAGUGGCAUUUUACAUUAUGCUCCUGGAGACAGUCAGCAGACUCACCUACUAAAACAAGAAGCUCCAUGGGCACUGGUCUCUGCAGUGGGAAACGUCCUAGUCAGGAAGAGGACACUCAAAGUAUCGGUCCCAAAGUCCAACGACAGAGCACUGAUUAGAAAACAUUCAGGAGGAGUACUGUUGCAGCUGAAAUUGGUGGGGAGUUCAGUGCUAUUUUUCAGUUAAAUUAUUUCAAAAUGUUCUUCAUUGAUGGAAAGUGGUUACAUUUUCAAAUGUAUUUCUAAUGACAUUUCUGUGGUUUUUAACUUUUUAAUGAAUUUCAUGAAACAAAUGGUAAUUUGUAUAUAAAGAACUUGGUCAAAGAAUUUGCUUAAUGUAAAUAUAAAGUCAUAAUUAGUAUAGAUCCAUCAAUAUAUUUUUGAUAAUUUUUCAUGUAUGGUAAAAGUUAAAGUGGGAAACUGAUACUCUGAUGUGAUAAUCAAAGUGUUGAGAGUCAGUAUGUGAAAAUAGGUUUUUAGACUUUCUUAAAAGAUUUGUUAAAAUUUUAGGACAAUUUUCUUGAUAUCAUUGAUCUAACUUUGUACUGUUUGAUAAUGUUUUAGAAAAUGUGCAUAAUCAAACUUGGUAGUUAUAGCCUCUGUUAACACAGACAAUAUGUUCUAAUGCUUCAUGUAUGCCUUUUUGAUCAAAAUUUGUGGACGUAUCAUGUGUUAAGUUCUCCUUGUCUCCCUUUCUUUGUUCAUUUGCAGCUAAAGUGACCUUGUUAUUAAAAGUAUAUGUAUAUAUGGAA